GGUUGGUGACACGUGUAACAGAGACGUGCUGAUUGGCAAGUAUUGGAUUCUCUUAUUGGGCAAGUGACAGUGUGACGUGGGAUUGCAGUGGAGGAUUGCAUGCAAAUUAAAAUGGGAUUUAAUAAAAAUGACCAAUUACAACAUGGGAUUGGCGGUGGAGAAUAGAGAAGAGGAAACUAGUGGCCGUUAGCCCCAUCACCAUUUAUAGAAAAAAGCAGAGGAUUAAUUUAGCAGAAGAAGCCAUUUCCCCAUCUGCAUGCAGAGAGAGAGAGUCCCAGAACAAGUGGGGGACUGAGUUUAGCUUUUAAGUCACCCAAUCGUUCCAUAUUGGCCUUUGGAGAUCACAAACCUGAUCAUGUAAGCUUAGCUACUCUGACACUCUGUGACUUCUUCCAUUGCUUCUCUCUCCCCCACCCCCCUCUCUCUCUAAUUAAUUAGCCACUUGACUUUCAUUAAUCUUGGGUUUUCUUAAAAUUGUCAACUUGGCUAAUUACCAAAAACAGAGUUGGUGAAGAUAAGAAACCGUUCCACUCAAGAGUUGCAGGUUGUAUCACACUGGUUUUGAUUGGGGCAGGGCAGCAGUGUCUUUUUCAUAAAUGUAGGGGACCUGAUUAGCCAAAACCUUAAUUGGGGAAAGUAUUUAAUUCAAUUCAAUCCAAGUUGCUUUUGCAUGCUGAGGGUCAAUUGAGUGAUUGGUUAAUUACAAGAGAUGAUUAAAUUUGGAGUUGGGAAAUGGAAUCUUCUCUCUCUCUCUCUCUCUCUCUCUCUCUCUCUGUUAUCCCUUCUGUUCCCAAGCCCAUACACCCCUCUGUUUCAAGCACUCUAUUUAAUAAUUAUACUGACUCUUCACAUUUUCCAACUCUUUGAGAGAAGUUGGCUUCUGAACUCCCUUAUUUUCACUUUUUGAUCAGAUAUACCACAUUUUUUCCAUCUUUCUCAUUCUUUCCUCUGUUCUCUCUGUCACUUUCUUCUUAACCCAACUCAACUAUUUCUUCCACACUUUUUCAAGCCAUGGAAGACGAGGAUCAGAAAGGCACAACCCAUGUCGAUCAAGAAAGCAAUGAAGAAGACAGAGAUACAACAACCACCUCAAGAGUUUUUCCAUGUCUCUUCUGUUCAAGAAAGUUUUACAGUUCUCAAGCCUUGGGAGGCCACCAAAACGCUCACAAAAAGGAAAGAACAGCUGCAAGAAAGGCCAAACGAGCUUCUGAAUAUGCAUCCUCAAUGAACUUCCCAAUACUUUCACACACUACACAACCGCCAAUGGUUUUUGCUCCAAACCAUCAUCACCAUCUAGGCCUCCUGCAUCCUUCAAUGUAUAUAACUGCUCAUGCAGCCAACCUCAGAUACUUUCCCAGCCCUCAGCAAUUCUCAUCCGACGGUUUCGGAUCCAACGGUGGAGCCAAGUUUGAGAAUUUAGCGUACUAUGGUGGAAAUUGCUCAUCAAGCAAUAACAUUAAUGGUUAUAAGUGUGAGGAGGAUGAGCAGAGUUUCUUGAAUUGGCAAAGAAGCACAAGGUACAAUGGCUUCAGUGGAGGAGGAGGAGGAGGUUCCUCUCAACAUUCUUCAGUGAAUAAUGGCAAUCACAGUCCUGGGAUUGGUGAUAAGGGUAAAGAGCAAAAGCUUGAUCUUUCUCUCCAUUUGUAGAAAAUAGAGAUGGUGUGGAAUUGGAUUAUGGAUAUAGCAGCAGCUGCAUAGAGAUCAAGUUGCAAUUUUUGGUCCCAAUAAUAAACAUCUCUUUUAGCUUUAAUUUGUCAUUUUUUAGGUCUUGUACUUGCCAAUUAUAAUGAGAUUUUACCAUCUGGCCAAUUAUUUUGA